AUGAGCUUCUUCGGCUCGAUAAAGAGUCGCUUCUCCAAGAAGGGAUCUGAGAAGAGCGCGGCGGCAGAGGCAUCUUCAAGCUCACAACCAGCUCAGCCGCCACCUGCUUACACACCCUUUGAUACACCACCAGCGCCACCCAGGAAUGACACGGGCGUCGGCCUGCGCGCGCAGGACGUCACCAACGAUGACGACCCGUACGCCUUCCUCGCCCACUUUGACACCAUCUUCUUAAUCGACGACUCGGGCUCCAUGGCCGGCGCACGCUGGCGCGAGGUCCAGACCGUGCUGAACCAAAUCGUCCCCGUCUGCGCCGUGCACGACGAGGACGGCAUCGACAUUGAGUUUCUCAACUCGAGGACCAAAUUCCAAAACGUCAAGGACCCGGCCGCCGUCGACGACGUCUUCCGCAAGAUCUUCCCCACCGCCGCGACCCCCACGGGCCGCCGCGUCAGGGAGAUUCUGGACCCUUACCUGUGCGAAUUCGAGGCGGCGGUGCGCGGCGGCAAGAGGCCGUCCAAGACGGGUCUGAAGCCCAUCAACCUCAUCGUCAUCACAGAUGGCGAGCCCAACGACCGUGCCCCCAACCUUCUCCCCGUCGUGCUUGAAGACAUAGCCCAGCGGUUGGACAAGAUCCGCGCCCCGGCCCACCAGAUCGGCGUGCAGUUCUUCCAGGUCGGCCGCGACCGCACCGCCGCUAGGGCUCUGCGGGACCUCGACGAUAACCUGGGCGGAAAGGUCAAGGGUGGCAAGCUCCGCGACAUUGUCGACACGGCAACCUUUGACGUCGACGACGGUGAGACCUCGGUCUUGACGUACGAGGCUGUGCUUAAGGUUGUGUUGGGUGCCGUGGUACGCAAGGUGGACCAAAAACACAUUCCUGACCAGAGGCAGUGA